AUGGGAAACAAUAAGGUUGGGAAGUGGGUUGCCAGAAGUACCCCCGGAGAGAUUCAAAAUGCCGAAAAACGGGCCGUGUUCCUCACUAUCCACGACAUCGGAUGCAACCAUACUUCGUUCCACGAUUUCGUCGAACAUCCAGCCAUGAACGAGAUCAAGGCAAGGUCGAUCUUCAUUCAUAUCGACGUUCCGGGUCAAGAGGACAACUCGCCGGAUUUACCCGAUGGGUUUGUCUUUCCAACAUUGCAAGUCCUAGCUGAGGAUCUGGUGACUGUCUUGGACUUCCUUCACUUGAAAUAUGCUGUCCUGAUUGGAGAAGGAGCGGGGGCCAACGUCGCCACUAGGUUCGCCAUGGCAUAUCCUGCUCGCACUUUGGGUGUCAUUUUGAUCCAUCCGACGUCGACCGUCGCUGGCAUCAUGGAGAACGUCAAGGACAAGAUAAGAAUGAAGUUCUUUGGGAUUGGGAGCGUAAGAAACCAAACCCCGAAUGUUUUCGAUGGAAAUCCCGACAGAACCUACAAAGAUUUUCCCACGAGAAGCCAGCUAUGCUAUUUCUUGAAGUUUGACACGGAGUUUGUCUUUCCAACAUUGCAAGUCCUAGCUGAGGAUCUGGUGACUGUCUUGGACUUCCUUCACUUGAAAUAUGCUGUCCUGAUUGGUGAAGGAGCGGGGGCCAACGUCGCCACUAGGUUCGCCAUGGCAUAUCCUGCUCGCACUUUGGGUGUCAUUUUGAUCCAUCCGACGUCGACCGUCGCUGGCAUCAUGGAGAACGUCAAGGACAAGCAAGUGGAGCAAGCUGAGAACAAGGCCCGAGUGAUCGAAGAGUUCCAGCAGAAAUUGCGCUCUUCGAUAAAUACCAAGAACUUGAGGCGAACGGACGUGUCUCAUUCGCUGAAGGAGAAGCUGGAGGCAGACGCUCUGCUGAUCACAGGUGCCAAGUCUUCGUACAAACACAGCGUGAGCACGAUGUUGAGCAACAUGAAUCCAGCCAAGAGCCAGAUGAUCCAAAUUGAAGGCGUUGGGGAUGCUUUGAACGAAGCUCCAGAGAAGGUUUCGCAGAGUUUGCUGCUGUUCGCGAAAGGCCUGGGUCUGCUGUCCUCGGUGACGAUGGUUGGCGUGGAGCGCCAGCGAACUUUCAGCUCUGGCAGCAACGCGUCGGACGACGGGAACCCUGCUUGCAUCCCUCGUCGCAACCGGUCCAUGUCCAUGGAAGAAUACGAUCGUCCGAACCUCAAACGACUCACUUCCCGCGAGGGACCCCCAAGAAUUGACAGGACAACGACUCGCCUGGACGUUAUCAUCAUCAUUGUUCAUCAACUUCAUCAUCGACACCCGUCGGACAUGGAGCUGAAGUCGACGCAAGCCGUGGCCCGAACUGCCGUGGCUCUUUGA